AUGGCACCCGAUCGCAUCACCAACGCUAUUGACAGUUUGAUAGCCCACAUUGUACCCAGUGAUCCCAAUGAUCCUGAUGAAGUUGCACAAGAGCGCCAUGAUACCUGCUUUGAGAUUGUCAAGUCCAUACUAGACAGUCCAGCCUCCCCCGCUAUUUCUUCCGAUGUCAACCAUGCCUCCGAUCUUAUAAAACGAAAGCUUAUACAGAGCAAUCCUACGCAAGCCCUUCGCUUCUCUAACCUAUAUACACGACUACUAUCACUGCCAGUGUUGGAGCACAAAUGGGCAAUACUAUACCUUCUCUACCAGCUCGCUGAUUCUCCAGACCCCAACGAACCCCUCCCGUUAAGCCCUGUAAAGCCAUCGGCGCCCAACUACAGAGAUGCCAUCAAUCGUGACGCUAUCAAACGGCAAGGCCGAGAACGUGUCACCAAGACGUCUAGGUUCGAGGAUGAACAGUUCAAGGAGGCAUUUCAGCCAGACGGGCUCAAGAAAUUUCCACCGAAGGAGAGCAAACAGCCAAAACCUCCAGAGUCCGUCAUUCUUAGAGAUUUGCCAUUCACUUUGCAAGGACUCUCAUCUACUACACUUCCCUUCUCGAAAUCAGACAUCAUCAAAUUACCAUCAACGCUUCCAUUACCCAUUGUUUCCCUGCUUCAUACUCUAGCGGAGCCGUCAUUGCUCUAUCGCGGCCUCGACGGCUUUUGCAAGACUCCUGCCAAAGGACUACUUGGUCAAAGCCUGAGAGCAGCCAUUCAUGGGGAACUCAAAUCUUACUUGAGUUUGAUUGCGACACUCGAAAGUCAAAUUCGAAGAGCUCUUGCGUCGCUUGAUGACGAUGCACCAAGAGAAGGUAUUGGAAAAGCCGGGGUCACGCUCAAGCGGUGUGUAGUGUGGACUCGCGAAGCAACAAUGGGCCUCAGGCUCAUGAGUCUAAUAGCUGAAGAAUCGGAGAAAAAGAGAGGGGGCCAGCUUGUGUCUCUAAUUCACAGCUUUUCAUCUUCUCAUGGGGAUCCCGUUGUUGCUGCUUUUGCUGAAAGGCUUCUGACAAGUUUUACGCGGCCCUUUUACGACAUUCUACGACACUGGAUAUAUGAUGGCGAACUGUCUGAUCCCUUUCAGGAAUUCUUCGUCAGAGAGCAGUCACCCAACAAAGACACAACCAAGGCUAAGGGCGCAGGUAACGUUUGGGAAGACAAGUAUGAAAUCGACACAGACAUGAUUCCCAGUAUCAUCACCCAGGACUUUGCCCAGAAGGUUUUCUUGAUCGGGAAGUCUCUCAACUUCAUCAGACAUAGCUGCGGUGAUGCUAUGUGGGUGGAGGACUAUUCCAAGGCUGCUUCGAAGGAGUUGAGAUACGGCGAUACAGCCACCCUAGAAGCUUGGAUCGAUGAGGCACACAAGACCACCAUGAAACGCCUGAUCGACCUGAUGGCCAACAAGUUCCACCUGUUCAAGCAUCUCCAGGCGUUGAAGAACUAUAUUCUAUUAGGCCAAGGAGAUUUUAUCGCCCUCUUGAUGGAAUCUCUGGCUGCUAAUCUUGAUCGCCCCGCUGGUGCACAGUAUAGGCACACGUUGACGGCCCAACUGGAACAUGCUAUCCGAGGAUCAAAUGCCCAAUACGAUUCUCCUGAAGUUCUACGCAGACUCGAUGCACGUAUGCUGCAGCUGUCACAUGGUGACAUUGGCUGGGACUGUUUCACUCUUGAAUACAAAAUUGAUGCACCAGUCGAUGUCGUCGUGACAGAAUGGGGCAACAGGCAAUAUCUCAAAGUAUUCAAUUUCCUCUGGCGGAUCAAGCGAGUUGAAUUUGCCGUGCUAUCAACCUGGCGGAAAUGCAUGACGGGUGCCCGUGGUGUCCUACAGAAUUCAGAUCCUGCAGUCUCCCAGACAUGGAAAUCCACACGAGGCGUCCUCGCCGAGAUGAUUCACUUCGUGGGCCAGCUGCAGUACUACAUUCUGUUCGAGGUUAUCGAGUCAUCGUGGGGCGAACUUCAGAAGCGGAUCCACAAGGAAGACUGUACGCUGGACGACCUCAUCAAGGCACACACCCGGUAUCUCAACGACAUCACCCACAAAGGUCUCCUUGGGGCCAAGCGACGUACGCAUAGCUCUGACGAAGAUGACCGUACGACAUACAUGAUGCAGCUUGGCGAGAUUCUUCGAUUCAUGCUCAACUACCGAGACUCGGUUGAUGGACUUUACAGUUGGAGUGUAUCGGAUUUCACACAGCGCCAGGAGGCUGAUGUGCGAAGCACUACACGACAUACGGACGAUCAUGACGGCCUCGAUACCCCAACAGCAGAUUCUGGUGCUGUCACAUCCGAGUUCCCGGUACUUCAAGAGCGCCUACGACACCUGGGUGCAUCGUUCCGAACUCGCGUUCAGAUUCUCCUUGGCGAUCUGGCAUAUCAACCUGAUGUUGAUAUGCGAUUCCUGGGUGUGGCAAUGAACUUCAACGAUGUUUAUCAACCAACACGAAGAAAAUCCAAGGCGGCCCCGGGCACGGGUGCAACGACAAGAAGUGUUUCGACGAAUAGGGGUUGA